UCUUUCGGGACCACCGACAGCGCACGAGGAUGGCGAAGCGUGUUGUGACCUUCGUGACCGGGAACAAGAAGAAGCUCGAAGAAGUGGUGGCCAUCCUCGGCACUGACUUCCCCUUUGAGGUGCGCAAUGUGUCGUUAGACCUUCCUGAGCUGCAAGGCGAACCUGAGUACGUGUCAGCGGAAAAGUGCCGCCUCGCUGCCGCCCAAGUGAACGGACCGGUAUUGAUCGAAGACACGUCGCUGUGCUUCAACGCCCUCGGAGGUCUCCCUGGCGUGUACAUUAAGUGGUUCUUGGAAAAGACUGGCCACGACGGCUUGAACAAUUUGUUGGCGGCAUACCCAGACAAAUCGGCGUACGCGCAGUGCAUCUUUGCAUUCCAAGAUUUCCACCAAGGAAAGCCUGUGAACGAACCCGUGUUGUUUGUUGGUCGCACACACGGCAAGAUUGUCCAGGCGCGGGGUAGCACGGACUUUGGUUGGGAUGCCGUGUUCCAGCCCGACGGGUUUGACCAGACUUUUGGCGAAUUGGACAAGUCCACCAAGAACACGAUCUCGCACCGGUACCGCAGCCUCGAAAAGCUGCGCGACUACGCAGCCAAGUUAUAAAUGUGGACACAACUAGUUCUCGCAUGGAAAGCCUGGUUCUUUCGUGUGUUGUUUGAAACCGCGU